CCGUAAAUCACAGUCCUUCUCCCUCUCUCCCUCUCUCGCUUCGUCAGUUUUUUCUUUCCUCUCUCUCGCUUUCUCAGAUACCCAUGGCCGAGAGUUGCAACUCUCGAGGCUUCUCAUGGCUUGUGAAAUCCUGCUUUCCCAAUCCACAAGAAACUCGCCGAGGAACAACUCUCGUCACUCGAGUCUCCGAUAAGUCUCCACCGGAAAAUCGCCACCAUCAAACAACGUUCGCGUCUCUCCCUGAUGAUCUACUUCUUGAAUGCCUCUCCAGAGUCUCUCCCUGUUCUCUAUCCUCUGCUUUUCUCGUCUGCCGCAGAUGGUCUCAAAUCCUCGAUUCAUCCGAUUUCUACGAUCUCCGCCGCAGCCAUGGCCAUGUCCAUAGAACUCUCUUCGCCGUUGCUUUUACAGAUUUCGGAGUCUAUGGAGCGAGCCACCGUAUCGAUACCAACAUGCCAUGGAAGACGACACUGUUUCCUGCGGUUGAGGUUGUAGCGCCGGAAACGUUCGACGGAUCGUUCUCACACUCGCGUCUGACGGCGAUUGGACGGCGGAUAUACAUUCUCGGUCGAAACGCCACGAUCCGAUACGACGCUUGGACCGGAACAGUUACGCCUAGAUCGCCGAUGAUAUUUCCUAGGAAGAAGUUUGCCGCUGCUGCGGUUGCCGGAAAGAUUUACGUGUCUGGUGGAGCCGCUCGGACCUCGGCGGUGGAGGAAUACGACCCUGAGAGCGACACGUGGCGCGUCGCUGCGGAGGCGCCCAGGAGGCGGUAUGGUUGCAUCGGUGCCACUGUGGAUGGGGUGUUCUACGCCAUCGGAGGGUUGAAGAUCGGUGGACCCCAUGUAGAGGCGACACGCGGUGCCGGAGCUGAGGCCCAUGUGUAUGCUAGCACGAUGGACUUGUAUGACGUGGAGGCGAAGGCGUGGUUGAGGAGCCGUGCGGUGCCGGGCGGAGGUUGCGUAGUGGCAGCGUGCGCGGCGGGAGGACACAUUUUUGUCCUUGCUAGCCAUGCGGUGGAGCUCUCGUUUUGGAGAUAUGAUGGGAGAAGGAAAAGUGGUGGAUUUGGGGAGUGGUGUCGGGUGAAGACCCCGCCACUUCCGGCGCAGGUUAGAUUGGACAGUACCGUUAGAUUCAGUUGUGUGGGAGUUGGGGAUAAGGUGGUGCUCGUGCAAGUGUUGGGAUCAAUUGAUGACUUGUUGAGGAGGAGCCGGAGAACCUGUAGAGGGUGGAAGGAAGGGUUGGUGCUGGUUUACGAUAAUGACAAGGGAGAGUGGAACAGAGGCGUUGAUCUACCGGAGGUUAUCCGACGCGCCGCUUGCGUGUGUGUGGAGUGCUAGUAGCUAAUGUACGCUGGUGUUGUAACUAUGUGAAGUGGUCUUUGGCUUUGUUCCCUCUUUGGUGCUUCACUUUGGCAGUUUGGCCAAGCAAGGACAGGAAAGCAGUCUCAGGCGUGGGGGGCGUCCGGGCAAUGUCUGGUCUGCUGGUCUAUAUAUUUAUGUAUGACCAGCGCAAGGAAUUUGAUUUACAUAGAUCAGAAAUCCAAGGAGUGGAAGAGGGCCAAUUCACCCUACACACUAAGGAGGUAGCUUUCUGAGCGAAGGAGUCAGCAAUGCUGUUAUUCUCCCUAGGAACAUACUUGAAUGAACAAGAAAGAAAAAAGGUAGCCAGAUAUUUGAUGUUCCAAAUAUCGAAAACUUUAAAUUUGGGAUCCACAUCGUUGCUGUUUAGGAUAGUGGCAAGCUCAAGAUUAUCUGUUUCCACUUCAAUGUUUUCAAUUGCUUCAGUAAUAGUGUAAUACUAUGUAAGAGCCCACACCGAAUGGAAAACAAGCCGUUGACCCAAA